UUGUCAACUAAACUAUCUACUUCAAUAAAUAAAACCAUUACAUUGUUUGUUUUUUUUUCUUCUCAAAUGGCUACCAACAUUCUAACCAUGACAAACCAUAAUUUUGAGCUAGAUUGUAAGAAAAUUCAUGAUUCUUUAGGUGGUUUGAGCCAACUUAUUCCAACUCUUGCUUGCUUAACCCUCCUUGAAAGACAACGACUAAGAGAGACUUAUAAGGCAGUGUAUGGUGAAGACUUGAUAGGUCAACUACAAAGAUAUGAAGAUGAUUUUUCUUCAAUGAAAUUUUCUUCUUUGUCUUUAUGGAUGAUUUGUCCACAUGAUAGAGAUGCUAUUGUUGCUAAAGAAGCUCUUCAACAAAAUGAGACCAAUUUCAAGGCUCUUGUGGAAAUUUUUGUAGGUAGGAAGUCAAGUCAUGUUGUUCUCAUCACACAAGCAUAUCACAAAAUGUUUAGAAGAAAUUUAGAUCAAGAUAUUAUAAAUUUGGACCCUCCACAUCCAUUUCAAAAGAUUCUCAUGGCAUUGUCAGCAUCACAUAAAGCUCACCAAUCAGAUAUUAGCCAUCAUAUUUCUAAGUGUGAUGCAAGGAGACUAUAUGAAACUGGUGAAGGAAGCUUAGGAGUUGUAGAUGAAGCUGUUGUACUAGAACUUUUAAGCAAGAGGAGUAUUCAACAACUAAAGCUAACAUUUUUUAGUUAUAAACACAUUUAUGGUCAUGACUACACAAAGUUUAUCAAGAGAGGAAACUAUGGACAUUUUGGUAAAGCUCUAAUGGUGGUUGUGAAAUGUAUUUGCAAUCAAGCAUAUUAUUAUGCAAAGGGUCUGUAUACAAGCAUCAAAAGGAAAAAAGACAUAGGAACUUUGGCAAGAACACUUGUAAGCAGGGCAGAAAUUGACAUGGAUGAGAUUAGAAGAGUUUUCAAGGAAAAGUAUGAGAAGGAACUUGGUGAUGUUAUAUGUGAAAGCAUUCCAUCUGGGGUCUAUAGAGACUUUCUAGUAGCUUUGGCUACAAGAUCUUCUACCAAUUCUAACAUCUAAAGCAAUUAGCAAAAAAAAGUUAUUGAGAAAAGUGUAAUUCAUAUUAGCUUUUUUGAGCUUCUUUUGUGAGUUGAAAAGCUUAUUCAGCUUAAUAAGUUGUAUCAUAGUUUGUCUGAUAUAAUUGACAUUGUUGAAAAAUGAUGUCUCUUUUUAAGAAGCAAAGCAAUUUUGCUAUAUUUAAAAUACUUUAUGUGGAUACCA